ACUGAAAGUCUGUCAAUUAAUUACACAGUUUGAACCACGACAAUCUACGAUCUAAUACUUUCUUUCUUCACGGGACACACCCAAUCACUCAUUAACCAGUACUAUAGCUCUUUGACUCCAACCAUGUCGAGCAGCGUCUCUCGCCCAGUAACACCGGAUUCGCCUUCGACUAAGACCCUCGACGACUUAACCAACACAAUUGAUGAUUUGACGCUUGCCUUGAACAAUUUCUCCAGAGUCCCUUCACCAGAACCCCCAUCACUGCUAUCAUGCUGCUGUCAAAGAGAAGAUUGCGAAAACCUCAAGGCGUGGCAAGCGAUGAAGUUGCGGUUGGAAAACAGGCUCAUUCUUAGUGCCGAAAUAGGACAAGCCUUACUACAGCGCCAUGAAGCUUAUGUUCGCCGCCAUGAGAACUGCUCAGUCAACGAUGGUCACUCUAGCAGCGGUGAAGACAGUGAUUCCAGGCUUACUGAAUUACUCAAGGAAAAGCACGUCUUGGAGAAGCGCCUCACGCAAGCAUUAGUGAAUAACGAGGUUACCGAAGUAUCUUCGAAGACGUUAUACCAGGAGUUACAAGAGGCUCGUACAAUGAUAUCCCGCCUUUCAACCAGUCAUGCAAAGUCAAUCGGUUGGGAGACUCGCCUCUCAGUGGUCAACAGAGAACGAGACGAUAUGCAGCAGGAACGGGACUUUGAGUCACAGAGAGCGAGGUUGGCAGAAUCUAGAUUUGCGGCAUUGAAGGAUAAAACUUUAAAACUUCAGUCAGAAGUUCGCCGAUUACAAGAUGAACUGGAGCAAAAACGUUUACUGCGCAUGGAAUCCACAGAGUCGUUACUUCAGAAUGCGAGAUCUAGGAUCCAAAUACUCCAUACCACAUUUGGCUCCCAAUCAACAUCCGAAAGCGCAGAAGUCACUAAUGUGCUUGAAUCAUUGGUCAAUGAUAAUGAAGGGCUGAAACGUGACAACGCAGAACUACAAACUCUGCUCGCCGAGUCUAGGGAUGAUCUGCACGCUCUUCAACAGGAGGUUGAAGAACGACGCGCCAAUAUGACCAUGAAAUCACCACGUUCGCAUACAGGCACUCCUCUCCAUGCCAAUUUUGGAAGGUCACACCACUACUCUGGUAGCCUGUCGUCGUCUUCUAUGAGGGAACAUGUUACUCCUCUUCUAAAUAGACGUCACUCGAGCCUGGAAAGAAACGGUCUUCGGCCUCUGGAACCGCUAACUCCUGAUACCCUGACUUGUGAACUACCGCCUCUUUCUCCUGGUGGAUCCGACUCACGGUCAACGUUCGGUUCCCGUUCGUAUGGACCUCUACCGCCUUCUCCCUAUCAAAUCGAGUUUGAUGGCGAAAGCGCCACUGGUCUUGCAUCACCAGAGAAAACAAGGACACAUAGACCUCUUUUCCUCCUCACCCGCUCUUGUGGAGUGCAAACCGAUCAUUUACCGUCGAAUCUACUUGGUCUCUCUCCUGUGCCAACGUCUCCGGCACCAUCGACGUCGAUCCCUACACCUUCACCUCAUGAUCCUCGUUCUGAAACCUCUUCGUUCUCCGAUUCCACUACAUCAAACAUGGGAACAAUCAUUGAGCGAAUGACUGCGUUGUUCACUCGGAUGUCUCAGGCCGAUGCGUUAACGUUGACCAAUCGACUGAAACGUCAACAUCUUCGUGGCGCCGAUGUAGGUCAUAUAUCUCGAAAUACAGUCAACGGUAUAAUCAACGAAACAUCCACAAUACGGAUCCACUUUCGACAUUUGUUGGAAGACGAGCACCUUGUGACAAUGUGUACCAGGAAAGAUCUACGAGCAUUGUUCAAGUUAUUUAGAGAGUUCUUUGUGGAGAUGGGUACGAUGAGAGUUACCUUGAACGACGUGAUUUUAGACCCAUCCAUCGCUACAAGAGUCAGUGAGCUGGCCUUAGACCCCGCCAAGGCAGGAGUUGAGAAAAAUCCGAACGGUGCUGCCUCAAGCAGCUGGAUGGCCCCGAUUUCCAAGCUAUUUGCCCCUUCUUCAGGAACGCGAGCUGACACCACAGCUGGCGCUGAACGAGCUGUAUCUCCUUCUACGGCUGCAUUAAGUGGUCUCACUCGGGCUCCGAGUAACUGGGCCAACUCUCGACCUCCACGUUUUGUUCCUAAACUUCAGCCCGCACUGUCUGCGUCUGCUACGACUGUAAACGUCGAAUUUUCUUCAGGGGUUGGGCGUUCAAUCACUAGCUCAUCGGCCACACCAGCAGGUCCUUCUCGUCAAGAGUCUGUAGUUGCUUCCACCACGGACGGCGGUUUGUCUUCGGCUAUGGGUAUAUUCGCUGGUGCACCAUUGUCAAGUCCUGAUCCUUGGGUAGUCGUGCCCAAAGGUCCGCGAAGAGUACAGUCAACUCUUUAUAGAUCAGAGUCUCCAGUAAUAUUUCGUCAGCCAGGGCCCGAUGCGGGACUUAAUCCGAAUUUUCUUUCGCGGAACGUAGACGCUGUGAUUGAUGAGCAAAACACACGUCUUCCAAUGGUCGAUGAGGGCGCCAAUGGUGAGGAGAAAGAUAUAAUCACCCCUCUGAUGCAUCAUAAGCUUAAACGGAGAGGGUUAUCUGAUUCAUCAAUACACUCUACUUUUACGGGCCAGGGAGAUGAGUUGAUGCCGAGUCAAGGAACGAGUACCCUUCCCUCAGAAACACAUUGGCCCUCCAAAGGGUCCGUACUACAGGCACUGAGCCGGAAGGUUCAAAGCUUCAAGAGUGGGAUCACCGAUGUUCUCCCUUCUUCUUCUUACGACGACCGUCGUCAUCUCAGCGGUGCCGGAACUGGCCCUAGAGAAAGUGGAUCAUCCUCAAGAGUUGUUUCGAAAUCUGGCUUAAGUGGGUAUAUACCAGAUAUAUCUUCUUGGGCAGCUACUGAUUCCAUGAAUAUUGCCGACUCCCUCAUGGCGGUAGGCAGUCCGCCCAGAGAUGAGUCUAUGAUGAGACAUAGAUAGACUGGAUUAUGGUAAUCAGCACUUUUUUUACUGCAAAGGAUGCUUGGUUAUUCCUUGAUAUAAGAGACAUCUAUAUCAUUUGUGUAGAACUAUUAUUCGGACUAAAUAUACCUUACAGUUCUAUAUACUGCUACUCAAUCGACCAUCUGGGCUUGGCUUGUUGAUUGAUUACCAUGUACUGCGUACCGUUCGGUGGAGAAAAGUGAGUGACCCGUACUCGUAUACUUAGA